AGAGAAGGGAGGAGGAGAGAAUUUUGGAAAGAGAGAUAAAGACAGAGGGAUAAAGGCUGAUAAGGCUGCACCAAACAGCGGGUUACAGUAGAGAGAAAGAGAAGAAGAAGAAGUGAGAGGGCGAGCAGCGCCGUAUCCCCUCUGAGGUCCCAACCGUGUGAUUGUGCCGCAGCUUCACUCUUGUCACUGACUGACUGACCCAACACAGGAGCAGCAGCAGCAGACAUCAGCUGAUAGCAGAUGAUGGCAACAGACCACCUGACAUGCGGUUGGCUGCUGCAGCUACUCGUUGCUCUUCUGCAGCUUUCCCUCACUUUUGCUGGACCACUCAGUGGGACAGAAUGCACAGCCAAGGGUCCUGCUUCCUACAUCCUGGUCUUUACAGGUCACUGGAGCCCACAGGCCUUCCCCAAGCAGUAUCCACUGUUCCGGCCUCCUGCACAGUGGUCCAAACUCAUGGCGGUAAGCCAUAAUCGGCAUUUUCGGCUGUGGGAAGAGGGUGCCACAGCCAGCACAGGGGUGCAGAACUUCGCUGAGCUAGGGGUGACGGUGGAGAUGAUGAAGGCGGCUAAGGAGGCCAGGAAGAGACGCGCAGUUGGCGCCAUGUACCGAACAGCCGGCAUCCCUAACGGCAUUGGGCACAGCUCCACGGAGUUGCUCAUGCAGCCCCGGAGCUCACUGUUGUCCCUGAUGGUGAAGAUCAUCCCCAGCCCUGACUGGUUUGUCGGUGUGGACAGCCUAAACCUUUGUGAGGGAGGCCAGUGGAAAGAAGAAGUGACAAUAGACCUCCAGCCUUAUGAUGCAGGGACAGACAGUGGGUUCACUUUCUCCUCCCCCAACUUCCCCACCAGUCCCCCAGAAAACAUCACAAAGAUCACAUCUCAGAUGCCGAACCAUCCAGCCAACUCCUUUUACUAUCCACGCUUAGAGGCGCUUCCACCCAUUGCCAGCGUAAAGAUCAGUCGACAGACCAGAUCACCUGAUCGUCAGACCCAAAUGUCCAAUCACAUUUUGCCAAACUCCAUCAGUCCUCAGCGUUUCUCAGUGACUCCACUGGACUGUGAAGUGUCUCUCUGGUCAUCCUGGGGUUUGUGUCUGGGUCCCUGCUCCAGAGGUGGUGUCCGCCACCGCACACGCUACAUUCUCUUGCGGCCAGCCAAUGCUGGCACCCCCUGCCCUGAGCUGGAGGAACAGGCUGAAUGCGUACCACACAGCUGUAUGAGAUUCCAGUAACCCACAGGGCACAUAAGAACAGAUACUGCCAGUAUACAACACUGGGACUCUCAUGUUAUUACUGCUGGACUGAGAAAUGUCGCUGUGUCUUGAGCAUUUCCUCGAUAAUGAAAAGGAUUUUUGUAUUUGUCACGGUCAAAUUGUAGAAAUUUAAGACUAGUAUUAGUGUGCACACCCCUCUGGGUGUAUUUUAAUGGAACUAAAAGGAAACUGAAGUCUGAGUGUAGCAGAGCAUCGGGCAGUCAUUAAGGUUUGAGAUAACACUUUAAAUGUGUUUGGAUAAAAAGUGAUUUUUUUUUAAAUUGUUGUGGAUGCAGAAUAGAAGAAAUGGUAAGAAAUGUGCUCCGCUCACCCCCCCCCCAAAAACACCUGCAUGAGACUUAUGGUUUGUUCCUCGUCACAUGGCUACGUAUGCAUUUAAUCUGUAGGUUGAUCACGACACACCACAUUAACAAAUCUUCAACACACACAAACACACAAGAGUCCUUGCACAUACUACAUACUUUGACAGGCAUGGGGACGUUUGUUUGCGUACAUAACUUACAUUGCAUUACAUACAUUACAUUACAUACAUUCAUGGCACAUGCAGCUCUUUCAAAAUAACUUCACGCCCUGAUUUAUAAAUAUCACCUUUGACAAGAAACGCCUUAUAGAUGACUUGAAUCUUAAAGCUAUUCUGAAGAAGCCGGCUUAUUUUAUAAUAAGAUGCAGGAUUUUGUAGAAAGAAAAAUAAAUAUUUGUAUUAUGAUUUCUUUUAAUGUUUUUUGUAUAUACUGUAUGAUUUAUCUUAUCUUUUAUCAUUGAUGAAUAAAUAUGGAGGUGUAUGUUUUUCAAGUAGAACAAGUCUGUGUUACUAUUGUCUCCUGUUUGGCUUUUCAGUUGGAAAGUGCUAUCAUGUAUGUAAAUGCAUCGUCUAUAUUUAACAGUCUUAUCAUACUACAGAACAUUCUUGAUUUGCACAUGUUCCACUAAUACAUGAUGAAGUCAAUUUAUUUGUGUAUGUCAGAGAAUAAUUUGAACAGUAUUUACACUUC